UCUAUAAUUAUUAUAAUCAAAAUCAGGAGGAGGGUAUGUAUCUAGUUUAUGUCUCUGCUGCAGGCGAGCCGGUGAAAAUGCCGCCGGAGAUAGAGGGAGUAGUUGCUAAAUACCCUGAUCUAUUUGAAGAGCCGACAGGGGUUGUUGAGAGGGAGGUCGUCCACGCGAUAGAGAUUAUCCCAGGGUCUAGCAUUCCAAAGGGAAGGAUUUAUCGGAUGUCUCCAGGAGAGCUUGAUGAGCUUCGCCGACAACUCAAGGAACUCGUAGAAAAGGGUUGGAUCCAGCCGAGUGGUUCUCCUUAUGGGUCUCCAGUCCUGUUUGUACCCAAGAAGAAGGAAGGAACACUUAGGAUGUGCAUUGACUAUAGUUGCCUCAAUGCCUUCACUGUCAAGAACAUAGAGCCCCUACCGCGCAUCAAUGACUUGCUAGAUAGAGUGCAAGGGUGUCGGUACUUCAGUAAGAUAGAUCUGAAGUCCGGGUACCAUCAAAUUGCAAUCCGGCCCGAGGAUCAACACAAAACCGUUUUUCAGACCAGUUACGAUCUGUAUGAGUUUGUGGUGAUGCCUUUCGGCCUUUGCAAUGCUCCUGGCACCUUUCGGCACGCUAUGAAUCUAAUAUUUCAUGACUACUUGGAUAAGUUUGUCAUCGUGUACCUCGAUGACAUACUUAUUUUUAGUACGACUGUCGAGGAACAUGUGGCACAUCUGGACAAAGUCCUCGGCCUCCUGCUGCAACACAAGUUCAAGAUCAACGGUGAGAAGUGCGAGUUUGGCCGCACCCGUGUCUUGUACUUGGGUCAUGAGAUUUCCGCGGAGGGAUUAAAGCCCGAUGACGUGAAGGUGGCCAGCAUUCGUGACUGGCUGCGUCCUCAGUCUGUGACUGAGAUGAGGUCUUUCUUAGGGAUGACCGACUACUAUCGCAAUUUCGUGAAGAACUAUAGCAGAGUUGCCGCCCCUUUGACUGACCUAACUCGCCUUGACACCCCAUGGGAGUGGACAAACGGAUCAUGAGGUCUUGAAACUUCCUGAUCCUGACAAGCCAUUUAUAGU